UGUUGCUGUGGCUGUUGGCAUUUGCAUCGGACAUCUGUCAUCCGAUUGUCAGAAAUCCGCCAUUGCGCCAUCAAAAAUGGACUGGAAGUGUUGUUUUCAAUAAUAAAAUAUAAUUUAUAAACAAAUUUAUAAACUCCUAAAACAUUCAUAAAAUAAGUAGAUACAUUUUAUCUUAAAACAAAAAAGUUUUCUUCUUUACAAACGCAAGUUACAUCGCAAUGGGAGUUCCGGCAUUUUUCAGGUGGCUCAGCCGCAAAUAUCCAUCUGUUAUAGUGCAUUGUGUAGAGGACAAGGCAGUAAAUGUGGACGGCACUAGAAUCCCCUUAGAUUCAUCUCAACCUAACCCUAACAAUGUAGAAUUUGAUAAUCUAUAUCUGGACAUGAACGGCAUUAUACACCCUUGCACCCAUCCAGAGAAUCGUCCUCCGCCAAAAAACGAAGACGAAAUGAUGGUCGCAAUAUUCGAUUGCAUUGACAGACUAUUUAACAUUGUCAGACCCAGAAAGUUGCUUUACAUGGCCAUUGACGGAGUGGCUCCUAGGGCUAAAAUGAACCAGCAGAGAUCCAGGCGUUUCAGGGCUUCCAAGGAAACUUUGGAAAAGAUUAACGAAAUCAAACGAGUAAGAGCUGAUUUAUUGAUAAAAGGUUGCGUCUUGCCUCAAGAAAAGCCCAAAGAAGAACAUUUUGAUUCCAACUGUAUUACACCAGGAACACCGUUUAUGGCCAGAUUAUCUGACUGCUUACACUAUUACAUUCAUGAUAGAUUAAAUAAUGAUCCAGGGUGGAAAGGCAUUAAGGUUAUUCUAUCUGAUGCCAAUGUGCCUGGCGAAGGUGAACACAAAAUAAUGGACUAUAUCAGGAGGCAAAGGGCGCAGCCCGAUCACGAUCCCAAUACUCAACAUGUACUUUGUGGGGCAGAUGCAGAUUUAAUUAUGUUGGGAUUGGCAACACACGAACCAAAUUUUACUAUUAUUAGGGAGGAAUUUAAACCUAAUCAGCCCAGACCUUGUGAAAUUUGUGCACAAAUAGGUCAUGAAAUGAAAGAUUGCGUUGGUGGAGUAAGAAGUGAACAUGGUCAAGAACCCACUAUUCCAAUCACAGCAGACGUGAAUUUUAUUUUUGUCAGACUAAAUGUUUUAAAGGAGUACUUAGAAAGGGAGCUUGUAAUGCCCAAUUUACCUUUCAAAUAUGAAUUUGAUAGGGUAUUAGACGAUUGGGUAUUCAUGUGUUUUUUUGUUGGUAAUGACUUUUUGCCUCACUUGCCUAGUUUGGAAAUUAGAGAAAAUGCUAUUGAUCGACUGAUUAAGUUGUAUAAGGAUUGUGUUUAUAAAACUGGCGGUUAUCUGACAGAUAGUGGUGAUGUGAACCUAGAAAGAGUCCAAAUGAUUAUGUUGGCUCUAGGCAAAGUAGAAGACGAAAUUUUCAAGAACCGUCAACAACGUGAAAUAUCAUUCAAGCAACGAGAAAAGGCCAAAAAGCGAAGAGAAGCUUACAAUGAAUACAAACCAAAUUUGGCCAUGUUAAACAAUACACAGUUUGCACCGAAAGCUGUCGGACAACACAGCUCAGUUUCCAAUGCCAGACAGGAAGCCUUCAACAUGAGAAAAGCUGGCAUGCAUAGCCAAACAGACUCUCAACUCCAAACAGUUAACUCAAAAACAGCCUUAGAGUCUAUGUUCAAUAGAGAAGGCCAAGAUGGGCAGAGAGGCGAGAAACGUAAACGCGAAGAAGACGAUGAAAGUGACGACGAUCAAGCCCACGAUGAAGUCAGGCUUUGGGAAGACGGUUUCAAGGAUCGCUAUUACGAAUCCAAAUUUGACGUUGGUCCCGAUCAGUUGGAGUUCAGAUAUAAUGUUGCGUUGCAUUACGUCAGAGGCCUUUGUUGGGUCUUGAAAUACUACUAUCAGGGCUGCGCCUCAUGGAAAUGGUAUUAUCCUUACCAUUAUGCUCCUUUUGCUUCAGAUUUUUGUAAUAUUGCCGGCCUCAGUACAGAAUUUGAGACUGACACCAAACCGUUUAAUCCAUUGGAACAGUUGAUGGGCGUCUUUCCAGCCGCAAGUAGUAAACACGUACCAGAACCCUGGGCGCCGCUCAUGUCAGAUCCUGAAUCUCCCAUCAUAGAUUUUUACCCGGAAGACUUUAAAAUCGAUUUAAACGGUAAAAAGUUCGCUUGGCAAGGUGUGGCGCUGUUGCCGUUCGUCGAAGAAGAGCGCUUGUUCAAGGCGCUCAAGCCCUACUAUUCCGACUUAUCUGAUGCUGCGAUAAAGCGUAAUAUACGAGGCGACGACAAAUUGUACGUUUCCACCAAAAACGAAGGAUACGAUUUAUUGAGUGGCCUUUACAAGCAGGAAAUUGAUCGACAAGCCGAAUGCGCUAUUGCAAUUGAAGGUAUGAGGGGUACUGUGUUGCUUAGUGACGAUUGUGUCAAAGGAGAAGAAUUAAAUUCACCGGUUAAGGGUUUACCAGUGAUUUACGGAAACAUAGUAGUUUGUGUAAGAUUUAGAGAUCCCAAAUAUUCCAAAGGAUAUAUUUUUCCUGCUGUGAAGCUGAAAGGGGCUAAAGAACCGCCCAGAGUGCUGAAACCAGAGGAUUUAAAUCCACAAGCGAAUAGGAAUUGGAGGGCUCAGAUUGGAAUGGCACCAGCCACACAACGGGCAAACCUUGAUCAUGCUGGUCACAGGAUGUUGGGCCAUUACACGCCGCGCAACGAUCAUAGGGAAUAUGCCAACAUACCACCACCCUCUCAUUUAGACGGUAACAGGAACAGGAAUAAUUAUGGUGGAGGCGGAGGUUACAAUCAGCAACGCAACUACCAAAAUCAAGGCAAUUACAGGGGAAAUUCUGGCGGGUAUCAGGGCAAUGGUAGAGGUAGAGGAGGCUACAACAGUAACUACAAUAAUUCCAACAAUCAGUAUCGGCAACAAGAUAACCGAUUCGGCAGCGGGAAUCCGAAUCAGCAACAGGAUCAGAGACGUCCGGGGCCUUACAGGGAUAGAUAUGUGCCCGAUAAUAAUCGAUACAGCUAUAGAAGAUAGAGUAUAGCUGCAAAGAAAAUUUAUUGUUUUAUGUGUGAGAAACACAUAUAUUAUAAUAUUUUAAUUAAAUUACAUUGUGUUGUACUAUGCUCCUAAAAAAGUUUUUAUGAAAAUAAAAUUACCUAUAUGUAAGUAAGUUAA